AUGGACAGCGCGCUGCCGUCACCGAUGGCCCUCCCGCCCCCCGCCGAUCGAAUUCACCGGCGGACAAAUGGGGGCAACAACGCCUUCCACAACUUUGCAAACGACUAUUCUCAUAUAUCAGAUCCCAACUUGCGAAGAAGGCUGGCACUGAGCGAGAUUGACAAGGUCCCUUUUGGCUUAUACCAUGUAAGAGCCAUUCUGGUUGGGGGGGUUGGCUUCUUCCUCGAUUCUUACGACAUUUUCGCCGUUAACCUCAUCACCACCUUGCUCGGCGUGGUAUUCUGGCAAGGACCUCCCAGUCAGCACGCACACGGUUACGGCGGCAACAAUGGCGAGCUGCCAAGCUCCGUUAACUCGGCCCUGAAAGCAUCGACCAGCGCCGGUAUCAUCAUCGGCCAGAUUCUCUUCGGCUGGUUGGCCGAUGUAUUUGGUAGACGGAGGAUGUACGGCGUGGAGCUCGGAAUCAUCAUUUUGGCCACCAUGAGCGCUGCGCUCGUGUCGCCAAGCCAAUCGGUCAGCUUCACCGGACUCAUGAUAUUCUGGAGGGUCAUCAUGGGCGUUGGUAUCGGUGGUGAUUACCCACUCAGUUCUGUCAUUACUUCAGAGUUUGCGCCCACCCGCUGGAGAGGAGCCAUGAUCGCUGCCGUUUUCUCGAUGCAAGGUAUGGGUCAGCUGGGUGCUGCCCUCGUUGCACUGGUUGUCGCCGAGGCGUUCAAGGGCUCCUAUACGGACGUGCACACUCUCAGCGACUGCCACGAUCGUUGCCAACUGGCAGCUGACCGCUCAUGGCGCAUCAUCGUCGGCAUGGGCGCAGUACCGGCCUGCAUAGCCUUAUACUACCGAAUCACGAUCCCCGAGACGCCUCGCUACACCUUUGACGUCGAACAGGACGUUGAAAAAGCCGACGCCGACAUCCGAGCAUACAUGGCGAGCAAGUCCAAGGGAGAAUACGACCCAGAAUUGCAAGCAAAGAUGAAGAAGGAAGCUGGCCCCGCCUUCAACACACCGACUGCGUCUUGGCCCGAUGCCUGGGCGUACUUCUCGCAGUGGAAGCACCUCAAGAUGCUCAUUGGUACCUCCUUCUCAUGGUUCUUUCUGGAUUUGGCAUUCUACGGCCUCGGCCUAAACAGCACCGUAGUGCUGCAGACCAUCGGCUAUGCCGAUGGUAAUAACUUUUAUGAGAGACUGCACAACCAGGCAGUCGGUCUCAUCAUUCUGGCGUGCGCCGGCGCCAUCCCAGGUUACUGGACAUCGGUGUUUACGAUAGAUACCCUCGGCCGUAAGCCCAUCCAAGUCAUGGGCUUUUUCAUUCUGACUGCGAUAUUCUGUGUCCUCGGCUUUAUGCUUCACCAGCUCCCCAACCCCGUCUUCAUCACAAUUUACGUCAUUGGUCAGUUCUUCUUCAAUUUUGGCCCAAACACCACGACCUUCAUCGUCCCCGGCGAAUGCUUCCCGACGCGGUACCGCUCUACAGGGCACGGAAUGUCGGCAGCGAUGGGCAAGGUCGGCGCAAUCCUGGCGCAGGUUAUCAGCAUUCCUCUGCUAGCCAGAGACGUCUCGGGCGAUUGCCACGGCGAUCACUGCGCUCCCCGGCUUGACCGCCUCCUGGAGCUUUUUGCCCUCUUCAUGUUCCUGGGUACGCUGUCUUCCUUGCUGAUCCCGGAGACGAAAGGCAUGACGCUGGAAGAACUGGCCGGCGAACCUCCGACUUCUUAUAACCGUGGCCGCAACGGCAGUAUAUUGAACUACCCCCUCCAAACCACAAAGUGGAAUCCGUUCUCCGGCGGCCAACCGGCGGGUUUCCACUACCCCCGCAUCAGAAACAUAAAAACCUCCCGGGUCGGAAUCAUGACGUCCCCUGUGCUUUUAGCUGAGGAGCAGCGUCAGAGAAGGAGUCAAUCCCGUUUCUGGCAUAAGAAGAAGGAACGAGGCCGGGAGAGCAGCGCGAGCGGCACAGAAGAUUACACUAGGAAUUUUCGCAACAGCGGCGUCUCCUCGGCAUACGGACGGAAUAUGGGCACUGCUGAUGAGCAUAUCCCUCCAGAUUCGAUGGCCCUCGAAGUGCUUCCGACUUGGGGCGCCGGCUGGGGUCGAGUGGAUCGCGGUGCACAGCCGAUGGACAACGUCAAGCUGCACGAUGUAGGCAGUCUAUUACGAAGGGAAUCCUAUAGAGAUUCCAGCAGGGACUCUCGAGCUUAA